GAGUAGACCGAGUCAUUCGAAGCCGAGUGUUGACCGCGUACGGAGGCCACCGCGUGCGUAGUGCCGGCGUGAGUUGCGUGUGCGUUAGAUAAGCGGUGUUGUCGCCGGUCGGUUGGUCAUCCGUUUUGCUUAAUAUCGAAUGCAGUGACGUGUUUUUCGGGAGGGGGUAGUGUUUAGGCGAGGUGCGACCCGAUAAGAGAUUAGCGCGUGAGGCCACCCGCCACGCGCUGUGAGAAUGGCGACCGAAAAGACGCACCCUAGCACAUCGCUUACGAACCUUCCGACCGACGACGAUGAGGUGCUGCGCGGUAUGCUUAGCCGGCGCUACCAUUACGCCAAGGCGCACACGACCAGCACCUAUCAGCACACCUUCCGGAAAAAGUCCCGCUGGGAGCUGAUCCGGUUGUCGCUGCUGAUCGUCGGUAUCGAGUGUACGUACGCGACGGAGACAGCGUUCGUGGCACCGAUCCUGCUGGCCAUCGGUUUACCGCACACGGUGAUGACGAUGAUGUGGGCAAUGCCACCGAUCAUCGGUGUACUGUUUGUGCCGGUCGUCGCUUCGGUCAGUGAUCGGUUGCGGCUCAGGUGGGGCCGCCGACGGCCCGUUCUGCUCGUACUCGGCACGGCGAUGCUCCUGGGUAUGAUGUUGCUACCGCAUGGACGCCAGAUCGGUGCGGCGAUCGGAUUGCAGAGCGUGGCGUGGAUUGCAACCAUCACGACGAUCGGUCUCACGACGACUGACUUUGCGGCCGAAGCUUCGAACGGGCUCUGCCGGACGUACGCGAUGGAGGUGUGCACGAUCCGUGAUCAGGCCCGGGUACUCAGCACGAUGAUGCUGAUCGGGGGGAUGGGCGGUAUGCUGGGCUAUCUGUUCGGGGCGAUCGAUUGGAGUGCGUUCGCGAUCGGCCAGUACUUUGUGAGCAAUGAGGCCGCCGUCUUUACCGCCAACUGGUUCGUGCUGCUGGUCGGAUUGGUCAGUACGCUCACGAGCUUCCCGGAGAUUCCGCUACCGGUGCAGGAAGCGGACGAACUGCUUCGUCCCGUCACGCACCGGAUGCUGCAGCAUGAGGUGAAGCGGUUAAAGGGUGGCGCAGAUGCAGAACAGCUCACCGCGGUACCGGAUCAAACGGAAACGAUCGGUUUCCGGAGGUUCGUGCGCAAUAUGGUCCGGAUGCCGCGUUCGAUGAAGCUGCUCUGCCUCACCCAGUUCCUGUCCCAUAUGGGUUACCUGCCGUACUGCUUGUACUUUACGGAUUUCGUCGCGGCGCAGGUGUACGAUGGUGACGUGCAGGCUCUGGCAGGCUCACGCGAAUUGCUACGCUACGAGGAAGGGUUACGGUUUGCCUGCUGGGGUAUGGCGUUGUUUGCGGCCUCCGCAUCGCUUUACUCGCUCGUAAUUGAGCGGCUGAUUGAACGGUUCGGUGCACGGGCCGUCUACGUCGGUGGGCUAUCCGCUCACUGCAUCGGUAUGUUGGCGAUGGGGUUCGUGCACGAGCGGAGCAUCGUGCUGGUAUGCUGUGCCCUCACCGGCAUCAUGUACGCCACCAUCUACUCGAUACCGUUUCUGCUGAUCUCACACUAUCACUCCAAGAACUCGUUUGCGAUGGAGGACGGCAAGUGCGUGGAAAGUACGGAGGCGCGUGGAUUCGGGGCCGAUGUGUCGAUGAUGAGCAGCGUUCUCUGCCUAGCCCAGCUCAUCGUUUCGCUGGUGAUGGGCGCAUUGAUCGAUGCCGCCGGAACGACGACGGUAAUCAUCUUUACGGCGAGCGGCUGCACUCUGCUGGCGGCCAUCUCCGCGAUGAGCCUUCUCUACAUGGAUCUCUGAAUCGGACGAAACGAAACGAAACGAAUGCCCGGAAUGCUGUUAAUGGGAGGAACACCACUCUGCACCUCGUACCGCCUUCCACCCACUCCAUAAUCGGCUGGCCAGCGCAAUCAUUCCGGUCCAUCCCAGUGCUCCGGCAUUCCGGGUUUUUAAAGUCUUAAUUGAAAUUCAUAUUAAACGCUCUGCGACAAACGGACGCUUGUGUGUGACGCUCGCUGUACGUCAUCCAAUGAUGCUGCUGUUGCUGCUGCUGCUGCUCCGCCGUUGACGAAUGGCCGACGGAAUUAAUUGAUGAUUUUACUUCCCGAUUUCCUCUCUCUCCCUCUCACUAUGUGUGCGGUCCCGGGAGA